UUGUUUUAUUAGAUAAAAGAUUGAGAAAUUUUCUCUUCCGAUCUAUUUUUAAGAUUUUCGAGUGAGUUAAAAAUUCGAAAGAAAACUUUCAUGUUCGAACAAUCAGAUUUUUAAUCCAAAUUGAUAAGAACAUUGCUGAUAAGCUCUGAAAACAAAAAUUUUAAUCUAUUGUAUCGCAAGCUUUACAAGUGACAAGACAAUCAUCAAACAAAUUGUAACAAAAUGGGUUGGGGCUUUCAAACGUGUGGCCCAAACGAAGCAAUUGUUAUUUCAGGUUUCGGAUACAAAAAGCCAUUAUUAGUCACCGGAGGGCGAGCUUUUGCCUGGCCAUUCUGUCAAGAUGUUCAAAAAAUCUCCCUCAAUACAAUGACACUCGCAGUGGAAUCCAAAACUGUUUAUACCAGUCAGGGAGUUCCAUUAUCAGUCACAGGAAUCGCACAAGUAAAAAUUCAAGGUCAAAAUGAAGAAAUGCUUCUAACUGCAUGCGAACAAUUUUUGGGAAAAUCAGAAUCUGAGAUUCAACACAUUGCAUUGGUGACUUUGGAGGGACACCAACGAGCAAUUAUGGGAUCGAUGACCGUUGAAGAAAUUUACAAAGAUCGCAAGAAGUUCUCCCAGCAGGUCUUCCAAGUUGCAUCAUCCGACUUGGUUAACAUGGGGAUCACUGUCGUGUCUUACACAUUGAAAGAUGUUCGCGAUGAUGAAGGAUAUCUCAAAGCCCUGGGUAUGGCACGAACAGCUGAAGUCAAACGAGAUGCACGCAUUGGUGAAGCUGAAGCGCGAGCUGAUUCCGAAGUUAACACAGCUUUAGCUGAAGAACAGCGAAUGGCUGCAAGACUUGCAAACGACAUUGAAAUUGCAAAGUCAAAACGAGACUUCGAACUUCAAAAAGCAGCUUAUGAUAUCGAAGUUCAAACCAAGAAAGCAGAAGCUGAAAUGGCUUACGAAUUGCAAGCUGCAAAGACAAAACAGCGCAUCAAGGAAGAAGUUAUGCAAGUAAAGGUCGUUGAACGUACACAAGAAAUUCGAGUGCAACAGCAAGAACAAAUUAGACGUGAACGAGAAUUAGAAGCAACAAUUCGACGACCAGCAGAAGCAGAAAAAUAUCGUCUGGAAAAAAUCGCUGAAGCCAACAAAAUGAAAGUUAUCUUGGAAGCUGAAGCAGAAAGUGAAGCUAUUAAAAUUCGUGGCGAAGCUCAAGCAUUUGCAAUUGAAGCUAAAGCUAAGGCUGAAGCUGAACAAAUGCAGAAAAAAGCAGAAGCUUAUAAGGAAUACAAAGAAGCAGCCAUGAUUGAGAUGCUUCUUGAGACGUUACCAAAGAUCGCAGCUGAAGUCGCCGCUCCACUGACACAAACCAAGAAGAUCACAAUGGUGUCAUCAGGCACUGGUGAGAUUGGCGCUGCCAAAUUGGCGGGUGAAGUUCUUUCAAUCGUUGGAUGCGUUCCUGAACUUGUCAAACAAUUGACAAACAUUGACAUUUCUAAGGUCGCAGCUGAAGUCGCCGCCCCACUGACACAAACCAAGAAGAUUACAAUGGUGUCAUCAGGUGAUGGUGAGAUUGGAGCUGCAAAAUUGACAGGGGAAGUUCUUUCCAUCGUUGGUCGAAUUCCCGAACUUGUCAAACAAAUGACAAACAUUGACAUCGCCACGGCGGUUAAAUCACACUAAACGGAAGGACGAUUAUAACGACUACAUUUCUCUGCUUUGUUGGCAUUUAGAUCCAUUUGUGAUUGAUGUUUAAUAAUUUAUGUUCAUUGUAUUCUAAUUUUCGAUAUCCAGUUAUCUUGUAAACUUCAAAAACAAAGAAACUUCAUAAACAAAUAAAAGUGUCUAAGAUUUGAUUCACAUUCGUCUUCAAUUUCAAUGUGUUUGGUCGAAAAAUGUUUUGUUUCUCG